CGGGACUUUUAUUUUGCUCUGGUGGCAUGACGUCAUAAGGCUGCGCCGCUCUCCUGCGUCCGUCUUUCAUCUGAAGAAAGGACAAAGUGUUCAAACACAGAAAAACUCCCGCUGAAGAGACUGAGAUCCAAGUGACUGUUUAUUAUAAAGAUGGAGUUUAUUAAAGAGGAGAGUGAAGACAUGAAGACUAAAGAAACAUUCAGAGACGAACAUGAAGAUAUUGAGGAACAAACAGACCUAAUGGCACUGAAAGAGAGUGAAGUACUGAAUGAAAUUGAAGAGAAAGAUCAUGAUUCCAUAAAUGGAGAAACAUCUUUGAGGUUUUCACAGACUAAAAAGACUUCCUCAAGAAAAAGGACUCAAAAGACAGGAAGAAGUUAUUUCACUUGCCAACAGUAUGGAAAGGGUUUCAGUCAAACAGAAAGUAUUAAAAGACAAAUGAGUAUUCAAACAGGAGAGAAGCUAUACACGUGCCAACAGUGUGGAAGGAGUUUUACUCAAUUUAGACACCUGGAAGUCCACAUGAGAGUUCACACAGGAGAGAAACCUUAUACCUGCCAACAGUGUGGAAAGCAUUUCAGUCAUAGAGUAAGUCUUAAAAGACACAUUAGAAUUCACACUGGAGAGAAGCCAUACACAUGCCAACAGUGUGGAAGGAGUUUCAUUCAACCUGGUCAACUUGGAGCCCACAUGAGUGUUCACACUGGAGAGAAACCUUACAAAUGCAAACAGUGUGGAAGAAGUUUCAACCGGAAAGGAAAUCUUAAUUGCCAUAUGAGAAUUCAUACUGGAGAGCAGCCUUACACACAUGAUCAGUGUGGAAAGAGUUUUGAUCAACAUGACAUCCUUGAAGUCCACAUGAGAACUCGGAGAGAGAAACCCUACGUGUGCCCCGAGUGCGGAAAGUGGUUUAAUCAUAAACAACGUUUUGAAGACCACAUAAGAAUUCACACUGGAGAGAAGCCUUUCACCUGCCAAGAAUGUGGAAAAUGUUUCCGCCAAAAAGGAAACCUUAACAGGCACAUGACAGUUCACACUGGAGAGAAGCCGUUUAUAUGUUGUCACUGCGGAAAGAGUUACAGAUAUACAGCAGGACUCAAGUACCACAUGAGGUUUCACAUAUGAGUGAACUGUAUUUUUACUAGAGCUCAACAGAUAUGGGUUUUUAUGGGGGCCAAUGCUGAUAUUAAGGAGUAAAAAAGACUGAUAUAUCGGCCGAUAUUCUUUGUGUAUGCUAUAUUACAGUAUUGUCAAAAGUUUGGAUACAUUUCCCAUUCAUGUGUCCAAACUUUUGACCGGUACUGUAUAUAGAAUACGGUGUAUAUAUAGAGCCUACAUUAACAUUAUAUAUACAAAAAAAUGUUUGCAAUGAUAACAAAUGUGGUGAUAAAAUGCAAACAAAGAUCUAUGUAAUGCAGGAAGGAUAUUUAACAAACUUUAUUAUUCAAUAUGAGUCUGACAUCAGUGCACUUAACAGUAAACCACUUAUUAUUAACAACUAAAUUCAAGUUAUAUAUAUAUAUUGUUGUUAUUUAAGAAACUAAACAAGGUAACGGUGGUAAGGCAAGCUAGCUAUUGCCAAACCAACAGAUAUAGAUUUAUGCAGGAAGCACAGCUUUUAUAAAUGUAAGCAUAUAAAAUUAAUAAAUAAUGAUUAAUAAUAAUAUUUUAACAAACUCUGUAUUGUGAAUUUUUUGGUAAUCAAAUGCACAUGCAGAACAUUAAUUUUUAAAUUGUCAUUUUGUGGUUUAAUAUUCUCAGACACUGUGUGUGUCUGCGCUGACCUGUUUUUUAUUAUUAUUUUUUGUAAUUUAUUGAUCAAAAACGAGACAAAUUCCAUGUUAUAUCGGUUGGGCUCAAAUUUUUACGUUAUCAGUGUGACAUGAGUCACGUAAUAACACCAGAGAGAAGCCUUGCUGUGCCAUCACUGAGAAAAGACUUGCAGAAACAAAACAAACACCAGUGAUAUAAUUCAAUAUAGCUGAGCAGCAGAUUUGGUUUUGUUAACACCCGUUUUGUGUUUUGGUUGGUCGGAUCAUAAAUAGCCUGUCGAUUGUAGAACAUCUGACCCCAUUUUUGGAUGUUCUAUUUACUACUUAUUUUAUGCUGUAAAGCCCAUUGGUCAGCUGCUGCUAAUGUAAAUGGUACUAUGAAAAUAAAACUUGAUCUAGAAACCUAAAUGCAUGAGAUCGUUCAGAUCUUUAAUUCAAAUAAAUAAAAUAUGCUUGUGUUAUUUACAUGCACUGAACACUUAUGUUUUUGCCCCUAUUUUUCAUGAGCUGAACUCAAAGAUCUAAGACUGUUUCUAUGUACACAAAAGGCCUAUUUCUCUCAAAUAUCGUUCACAAAUCUGUCUAAAUCUGUGUUAGUGAGCACUUCUCCUUUGCCGAGAUAAUCCAUCCACCUCACAGGUGUGGCACAUCAAGAUGCUGAUUAGACAACAUGAUUAUUGCAUAGCUGUGCCUUUGGCUGGCCACAAUAAAAAAAUAAAAAUAAUUUCUAGUGUAGAUAUAAAAAAAAAAACAGGACAUUUAUAGAGUAAAAGAAGUGCAUGACAGCAAGGACACUAUUUAUUAAAGGGUGGGUGAAAUGCUAUUUCAUGCAUACUGAGUUUUUUACACUGUUAAAGAGUUGGAUUCCCAUGCUAAACAUGGACAAAGUUUAAAAAAAUUAAGUUGUAUGUUUGAAGGAGUAUUUCUGUUCCCAAAAUACUCCUUCCGGUUUGUCACAAGUUUCGGAAAGUUUUUUUCGAGUAUGUCUCUGUGUAGGGUGACCACCCGUCCUGCGUAGCGCAUGCGCGCACAGCGUUUGAAGCCCAAUUCAUGCGUCCCGCAAAUUGAGACUGUGUCACGCAUCAUCAAUGCUUGCUCAAAAAAAGUUGGUCGCUCUAUAUCCUCGAGCCCCAGGCAGCCAAACGAACAUUAAUUGACAGUUCAGCACGCUACAGCGAGAGCGGGAGCGAGCGAGUUUGAAUGAGAGCUAAAGUUUACAUCUUUAUUAUAUCCAUUUUAACGUUUUUCCUACAUUAUUUAUAUAAAAAUGUUAUGUAGGCAAUAACUCUGAGGUGGCAUCGUUGUUAACUUACAAAAAUGAUGAUAAUUUGGAUCAUUUACAUUUUCCCGUUAAUAACAGGUAGUGUAUUCCGAUGUAAAAUUAACAGUCGCCUGAGGACGAUCAACAACCAUCUUAUCCGAGCUCAAAACACUGUUUGAGCGAGUGUCAAGAUACUAAAAAUAAUAAAUACAUAUAAUUAUGAA